AUGGCGUAUAUGAUUCAGCUUAGCCUUAAUAAGCUCCUAUAUCGGAUCAAAGCAAAGCCAAAGAACGACACAUGUGGACCGAUAAGCUACAGAAGGCUUCUACCUAGCGAGGACAGAAAGGGGAUAUUGCAAACACCCUCGAUAGGGUACGCCGGCUUACAAUAUAUAUUAAUGGAAGCCUAUAAAGGCGUAUUUAAGCUUUAUAAUAAGCUAUUUAAAUACCUCGAGGCGUUAAUCAGUCAGCUUAAAAAGAAGAAGAUACUUAUCGCUCUUAAAGCAGGCCUACAGAAGCUCCGUAAGUACUACCCUAAGGCUAAUAAUAUAUAUACGCAUAGCACUAUCCUCGCACUAAAGGAUAAGUUACAGUACUUUAAACGCAAGGAAUAG